UUCUUUGAUACAAAGAAGCAAAGGUUAAAAAAAAAAUAUUCACUUGGAGCAGCAGCUGUUAUGAGCAUCAGCAACACCUACAACUGUCUGUUACCCGUUAUCCCACGCGCCUCCCAUCAACGCGCCACCCUCUCCCUCUCUUCAACUCCAUUUCUCUCUCUUCCAAAAACCCGCCAACGCCUCUCUCUAUCCGCCAUGUCUUCUUCUUCCUUCACUGAACUCAUUGACGAUUCUCACUUCGACUCUCUCCUCUCUCCCGACGAUCUCAUCUCCAUUUGCGGCUUCGGUUCUCUCCUCUCCGAGCGAAGCGCGCGAAGCACUUUCCCUGAUUUGAUCAAUUUCAGAAUCGCUAAGUUGAAUCACUUCCGUCGUGUUUUCGCUCAUGUUGCUCCUGUUUUCUUUGAACGCGGCAUUGCUAAACCUGAAACUAUGGAAAUCUCAAGCUUGAGUGUGGAGGCAUGUGAAGGAGAAACUCUUGUAGUAACAGUUUUUGAGAUAAGAAAAUCUGAGAUUCCAGAUUUUAUUAAGAGGGAGGUUGAAUUUCGGUUUCUUGCUGUUCUUCCUGAAACACUUGAUGGCAAGUCUUUUGAUUUUCCGGCGGUCCUUUGUGCACGUUAUAGUGAUGAGGAAUUUUUCAACAUUAGAUGUAAAGGUAACAAGGAAAUUUUAUUUCAGCAAUAUGGACGGUGGAAUAUUGAUAAAAUUUGGAGAGAUGAUGUUUUUCCUUGCCGAGUAUAUCUACGACACUGUGUGCUUGCAGCAAAGAAUCUUGGGGAUACAGCCUACAACAACUUUCUAGAUCAUACCUACCUUGCUGACCGGAAAACAACCAUUCGCGAGUACUUAGCAACCACAGGUUCUGGCAUAAUGGAAGAGGAGCCCCCUGAAUCCCUCAAGUUCCGCUAUGGUGGUUGAUUACUUCAACGUUCAGUUUUUGCUGUCAUUUGAGAUCUCAUUGUCAAGGAAUGGAAGAUAGGCUUAAACAUUUUCAUGUCAAUAGUAAAAUAAAAUAUAUACAUUAAUAAUACAUUCAUGCUAUUUCCUCUAAUUUGUUGUAAAUUUUGAAUAUCAAGCUUAAGAAUAACAUUAAACAGAACCCAUAGGGUGUGUACAACUUUCUUCUUUAAGAAAGAAAUAUUCAUCUCAGCUUCUACCUA